AUGUCAAUAGAAGAAACCAUAAAAUGGCUGUCAACAAACAAUCUGAGUGUAUCAGCUACCAAAGUUUCAGCGGCGAUAUUUACCAGGCAUAGACUUCCUAGUAAUAUUGGACAAGUAAGGAUAGGGAAUCAUGUAAUACAAAUAAAAGACAACAUAAAAAUCCUGGGUAUUAACUUAGACACAAAAAUGAAUUUUAAAAAACACAUUAGUGAGAUAACAGCAAAGUGCGAAAAGGGAUUAAACAUUCUACGCAAAAUCACAAAUACAAAAUGGGGGGCUCACCCAGAAACAUGUUUAAUGCUAUAUAGAAGUAUUAUAAGAUCAAGAAUAGAUUAUGGUUGUUUCAUAUACGGAGCAGUAUCACAAAGCGAACAGAAGAAGUUGGACAGGAUACAAUUUUCAGCAGUUAGAACUUGCCUAGGAGCAUUUCGAUCCACACCAACAAAUGUUUUGAUAAAUGAAGCUGGCGAACCUCCGUUAACAAUUAGAAGACAAGCAUUAUCAAAAAGAUUUCUAGUAAAGAAACUUAAUGAAGGCUGUGACGAUAUUCCCAAGCAAUUAGAAAACUUGGCAAGAUUGCAUGUCACCAGCUCAUUUUGGAAAAAUAGACCUGCGCCACCACUAAUAACGAGCUUUUAUGAAAUCAAACCUAACGAAGAGUUUAUAUUAACGAAUAAAAAAAUACCAUAUUAUAACUUUCCUGAAGCAUAUGCAACGGUAAACCCUUAUAUAGACUUAACCAUUAAUUUAACAAAUUUGAUAAGUAUCAGUAAAAUCUGCAAAAACAAGGACUUUGAAGACAAUAUUGCUAUAAGAUAUCCAGAACAUUUGCACAUAUAUACCGAUGGAUCAAAAAUGGAAAACAGCGCCGGUUGUGCCAUAUAUGUGCCAAAUCACAAAUAUAGCAAGAAAUUAAAACUACCAAAUUUUACAUCGAUUUUUACAGCAGAGAUUAUUGCAAUACACACUGCAGUCAAGUACGCAUGGGAAAAGAAAAUACCAAAAUGUAUUAUCUUCAGUGAUAGCAAGGCGAGCAUAUUGGCUUUACAAAAGCCAAAUAGAAGAUCAAGCCAAUUAAUUUUUGAAAUAUUAAAUACAAUGAAAACAAUAAAUAAUAGCGAAAACUCUAUGACAUUAAUAUGGAUUAAAGCACAUGCGGAUAUCAUAGGAAAUGAAACUGCAGAUUCACUGGCGAGAGAAGCUUGUCAAAAUGGAGAAGAAUACACGAGGCUGCCGGCAUUAGAUUUAAAUUAUCUGAUUAAAGAGCAGAGUUUAAAAACUUGGCAAGGAGAGUUUUCAAAAUCUUUAAAUUAUAAGGGAACAACAUACGCUCUAACAAAUAUGAGAAUAACACAAAAAACGUGGUUUAAAAAGGUAAAAGAGGACAGAAAAUUUAUUUCUACUAUAUCAAGGCUGAGAUUCGGACACACAAGAAGCAAAUCCCAUCUUGCAAAAAUAGGAAUAAUACAAAAUCCCAUGUGCCAGUGUGGCAGAGAACAAGAAACGAUAGAUCAUAUUUUUUGGAAAUGUAAAAUAUAUAUGAAACAAAGGAAAUCUAUGUAUAAAAUGUUACAGGACAAAGGAAUCGUGUUCCCAAUAAAUUCACAAGUGUUGAUAUCUUACAAUAAUGUUGACAUAUACAAAAUUAUGUAUAAGUAUAUAACUAGUAUUAAGAUUGAUUUAUAA